AUGUCGAAGCAGGUCAACUUCCACAGCGACAGCGAGGACGAGGUGCCGUCGAAGCGACCAAGAGUUGCUGAGAAGGUUGAAGACUCGACACCGAAAGACAAGAAGAGCAAGAAGAAAAACAAGAAGAAGCAAGGCAAGGGCAAGGGCGCCCCCGUCGACUUAGCCGCGCAGGCUGCUGAGCUGCUGAAGACGCGCCAGUCGCUGCCGUUCUACCAGGACCGAGCCAACAUUCUCGACGCAAUCCUCUCGAAUGACACAACCGUCGUUGUUGGUGAGACGGGAUGUGGCAAAUCGACGCAGCUCGGCCAGCUGCUCCGUCGCGAGCCGCGAGCUCUCGAGUACUUCAACGGCAAGCACAAGGGGAAGGACGGCGAACCAAGCACUCAUGCUCCGAGCAUUGCGAUUACGCAACCAAGACGACUGCCGUGUAUCUCUCUUGCUACUCGCGUUGCAGCUGAAAUGGGCGUCGAGGUCGGCAAGGAAGUCGGAUAUGCCGUGCGUUUUGAGGAUUGCUCUAGCUUCGAGACCAAGGUCCGCUUCCUAACCGAGGGAGUGCUCAUGCGUGAGCUCGCAAACGCCGACGGACGAGAAGACAAGAAGAAGUCCAAAGACGACGACGACGAGCAGGAAGCCAAGGGCAAGGGCAAGGCGAACGGCAAGAAGGCGAAGAAGGCCGAUGCCGCCAACGGAGAUGAGAUGGCCGCCGGGCAAGACGACAAGCUGAACCUGCUGGAGCGAUACGACGUCGUUGUCAUCGACGAGGCACACGAGCGUACGCUGAACACCGACUUCCUUCUCGGCUCUCUCAAGAAGAUUCAACGAAUCCGAGCCGAGCGCGCCGCGGCCGGCAAGGGAGGGCCACUGAAGCUCGUGAUCAUGAGUGCGACGCUCGACCCGGCAAAGUUUACCAACUUCUUCGACCAUUGCCCCUCGCUUCACGUUCCAGGACGAAUGUACGACGUCGACAUCCAGAACGUCCCCACACCAGUGGACGACUACAUUGAGUCUGCCUCCGACGCCGUCAUUUCGAUCCACACGCGGAAACCCUCUCCUGUCGGCGAGGUGCUCAUCUUUAUGCCUGGGAGCGACGAGAUCGAGAACACGGUGGCGCUGCUCCGACGAAAAGCCGCGGACUUGGGGCCGGACGCGGACCAGCUGCAGGUUCUCCCGCUGUACUCGUCUCUGCCUCCGUCGGCACAGGCGAAGAUCUUCGCUCCCCUGCCUCCAAAAACUCGCCGCAUCGUCGUCGCGACCAACGUCGCCGAGACCUCGCUCACGAUCCCCGGCAUCGCGUUCGUCAUCGACUCGGGCUUCAAGAAGGAGAAGGAGUACAUCUACCGCGCAUCUGGAGCCAUCGAGCACCUGCGCAAGCAGGCGAUCUCGCAAGCCUCGGCCAACCAGCGCAAGGGCCGCGCGGGACGCGAGAUGCCCGGCGAGUGUCUCCGCCUCUACACGAAGGACUUCUUCAAGAAGAUGAAGGUGUUCGACACGCCCGAGAUCCAGCGGUGCAACCUCUCGAGUGCGAUUCUGAGCCUGAUCGCAAUGAACCAGAAUCCCUUUGAGUUUGAGUACAUCGACGCCCCAGGCCGGGACAGUAUUGUGGCCGCCUUCCGCUCACUCGCGGGCCUGGGUGCCAUUGCGAGUCCAACCGAGAUCACGCCCCUCGGCCGCGAGAUGCUCAAGUACCCUCUGGACCCGGAACAUGGGCGCAUCCUCCUGGCCGGCUUCGAGUUCGGGUGCAGUGCCGAGAUCAUUGACAUUCUGUCUCUGAUUGUGAGCGGGCCGGUCUUCGUCGAGCGCGGCAGCGACGGGAAGGAGAGCGCGGCGCAGGCGCGGCAAAAGUUCAUCGCACGCGAUGGCGACCACCUGACGGGCAUGAAUGUGCUCCGAGCGUAUCUGGCGCUAAAGGAGCAGCGUGCCGAGGAGCUCGCCGACGGCGAAUCAAGCAAGAAGGAGGAAAAGGGCUUGGCGUCGUGGUGUCGCGACAACGCCGUGAACAGCAAGACCCUAGCGGCGGCGUGCAAGGUGCGCGCGCAGCUGCGCCAGCUCGCCGUUCGGCACGGACAGACAAUUACGAGCUGCCACUCUGAGCUCGCGCCCAUCUCUCAUGCGCUUUUACAGGGCUUGUUCAUGAACACGGCCGUGAUCCAGGCCGACGGGACGUACAAGCAGACCGUGGGCAGUCUACAGGUCAAGAUCCACCCGAGCAGUGUGCUCGCCGGGAAGAAGGUGCCCGCCAUCCUGUAUGACGAGCUCACGAUCACGAGCGCGAUAUACGCCCGCAACGUCUCUGCGUUCGAGCAGGGAUGGCUCGCCGAGGUGCCUUGGUUCCAGAAGGCGGCGGGCGGGAGCGUCGCCCGCCCCGUGGAGCGCAAGCAGGUGUAA